ACCGAUCUGUCUCUCAUCUCCCAUAGCCUACUUCGCGCUUUUGUACUUUCUUUCAGCAUCUGUACCGGUUGAGGAUUCUCCAACAGCUCCCUAGAGCUUAUUGUCAAUGGCAUCGUCGUCUUCAAGCUCUAACAAUGCCCCCCCAAGUAUCAUAUCUGACGCUGAGCUAGAGAAACUGCUCAACCGCGAAGCCUCUGCCUUCCAGCGCGAGCUUGAGGUAGAGCGGAUUCUCCAAGCUUUCAAACUUAAUCCAUACGAUAUCCUAGAUCUAGACGAGACUGCCAAGCCUGAGGAUGUGAAGAGGAAGUAUCGACAGCUCUCGCUAUUCAUCCAUCCUGACAAGACCCCACAUGCACGCGCUCCAGAGGCUUUUGACAUAUUGAAGAAGGCUGAAUCUGAACUCAGUGAUACUGCGAAGCGAGAGGAGCUGGACGCCACCAUCACACAAGCGCGUUCGGUUCUUCUGAAAGCCCUCUCUCUCCCUACCAAUACUCCCGAUGACCAUCCCAAAUUGAAGGGACUCGAACCCACAUUCAAAGUGCAGCUCAGAAUAAAGUCGAAGGAGCUCCUCAUCGAUGAGGAAGUAAGACGACGAAAAGCGGUUAAGAUGAAUCUGGCAAAUGAAGGGUUUGAAGCACGCAAAAAGGAAGAGGAAGUCACUGCAAAGAAACGCAAAGCGGAAGACGAUGCAAAAUGGGAAGAGACUAGGGAACAGCGUGUGGGAAGCUGGCGCAGUUUCACCAACAACUCGAAGAAGAAGAAGAAACAGAAGGUCAAUAUUCUGGGGUGAUGUCCGCUGUUUUCAACAUGGCCCCUCGCAUAUUUUCCUAGUCGACAUACCCAUCUUACUUCGCCCUGUGAUACUAAUAAACAAUAGACAUAGUUGCCUCUGAUGGCAGGCGUAGUCGCUAAUCCGAAAUAUCGAUCACAUC